CUUGCCGUGGCAUCUCCGUCUCCCUCCCCUCCGUCGCGGCCGGCCGCGCGCCACCGUCUCCGCCACCACCCACAGGCCCGAUUCCGGGUUGCCCGUCCUCCCAUAGCACCACCAUCCCCUCCUCCUCGACACACGCCCAACUCCGCGGCCUAUCGUCCCGGGGACCGCCAAUUCCUCCCCCAUUUGCUCCGGAAGCUACCCGAGAUGCACCAUGCGAUGCGGCUGCGUUGCCUCCUCCAGCAUCCGCCGCUCUGGUGCAAGUGCAGCUCCCUAGGAAUCUCCACGAGUGGAGGCGGUUGCUUCGUCCGGAGGUUCAGCGCGGUCGGUGCGCCGAGGCCGUGCGAUGCGGGGCGGCGGCUGUGCCGGUUCUACGGCUCCAAGGGCGGCGUAGGGAGCGCCGAGGCCAGGGGCGGCGGGGCAGCGGAGGCUGCGGCGGGUAGCAGCGGUAGGUGCAUCGAGCAGGAGCACGCGCGCCUCGGGGAGAGGGACCAGCAGGAGUGGCUGAGCGGCGAGAGAUUCCUCAGCGACUGCAAGAGGCGGGAGUCGCCCUUCCUCACCCGGCGGGAGAGGUUCCGCAUCGAGUUCCUGCGCCGCGUCGUGCCGUGGGAGAAGGGGAACCUCACGUGGCAGAAUUUCCCCUACUAUGUCAAUGAGAAUGCAAGACAGCUGCUGAGGGAGUGCACGGCGUCCCACCUGCGGCACAAGGGCAUCACAUCUGAAUAUGGCUCUCGGCUGCCAUCCUCUGGAGGAAGGAUACUGCUCCAGAGCCUGCCAGGAACUGAGCUCUACAGAGAGAGAUUGGUAAGAGCUCUUGCACAUGAGUUGAGGGUGCCACUACUGGUCCUGGACAGCAGUGUUCUAGCCCCAUAUGAUUUUGGGGAAGAUUAUUCAGAAAGCGAGGAAGAAGAUGAGCAUGGCGAGUCAGAGGAUGAAGGUUCAGAGUCUGAGAUGGAAGAUGAAGGCGAUGAAGAUUGGACGAGCAGCAAUGAAGCUAAAUCGGGGGAAAGUGAUGACGAGGAUGCUCUGAAAUCUGUUGAAGAACUCAAAAAAUCUGUGGAUGACCUCAAGAAGUUGGUCCCAUGUACUCUUGAGGAAUUUGCCAAGAGAGUCGUUGGUGAAGAGGAAGGUACGUCAUCAGAAUCCUCUGAAACUGCCAAGUCAUCAGAAGAAGAGAAAAGACCUUUCCAAAGGGGAGAUAAAGUCAAGUAUGUUGGUUCCUCCGCAGUUGUUGAAGCAGAUCAGAGGAUCAUUUUGGGGAAAUUACCUACUCAAGAUGGCUCGAGAAAUGCCUAUACUUUUAUUAGUGGCAGGACUUUAUCAAAUGGGCAGCGUGGAGAGGUAUAUGAGACCAACGGGGAUCAAGUAGCUGUCAUAUUUGAACCUCCUGCACAAAAGCUCCAUGAUGGUGACGAAACUAGCACGGAGGAAGAUGCAAACAGCCCAUCUAUUUACUGGGUUGAUGCUCAAGAUAUUGCGCAUGACCAUGAUAUUGAGUCAGAAGAUUGGCAUAUAGCAAUUGAAGCACUUUGUGAGGUUCUUCCAUCGCUAGAACCAGUCAUUGUCUACUUUCCAGACAGCUCCCAGUGGUUAUCUAGAGCAGUUCCAAAAUCAAAUCGCAGGGAGUUUCUUCAAAGGGUAGACGAAAUGUUUGACCAACUCACUGGACCAGUAGUAAUGAUAUGUGGGCAGAACAUACUGGCAGCAGUACCCAAGGACAAAGACAAGGAACCACCGACACUGAUGUUUCAGAAUCUCUCUCGCCUGUCUUCACUGCCAUCAUCGCUGAAGCGGUUAGUAGGGGGGCUGAAGGGACAAAAAGAUUCAAGCUCCAGUGACAUAUCAAAGCUCUUCACAAAUAGUCUUAUUGUUCCUGUUCCAGAGGAAGGCGAACAACUACGAGUUUUCAAUAACCAGAUCGAAGAGGAUAGGAAAAUUAUUAUUUCAAGGCAUAACCUUGUUGAAUUACAUAAGGUGCUUGAAGAGAAUGAACUAUCAUGUGUGGAGCUUAUGCAUGUGAAGUCUGAUGGAGUCGUUUUGACAAAGCAAAAAGCUGCAAAGGUUAUUGGGUGGGCUAGAAGUCAUUAUCUGUCAUCAACAGUUCUUCCCGCUAUUGAGGGUGACAGAUUAAUCAUUCCACGCGAGAGCCUUGAAGUAGCCAUCGAGAGGCUGAAGGAACAGGUCAUUAAAUCUAAGAAUCUCUCUCAAAAUCUGAAGAAUUUGACGAAAGAUGAGUAUGAACGCAAUUUCAUAUCUUCUGUUGUACCUCCUGAUGAAAUUGGAGUGAAAUUCGAUGAUAUUGGUGCACUUGAGGAUGUCAAGAGGACACUGGAUGAGCUUGUUGCUCUUCCAAUGAGGAGACCAGAGCUUUUCUCUCACGGCAAUUUAUUAAGGCCCUGCAAAGGUGUUUUGCUUUUCGGGCCUCCUGGCACAGGAAAAACACUUUUGGCAAAGGCACUUGCAACAGAAGCUGGGGCAAAUUUUAUCAGCAUAACUGGUUCUUCACUGACGUCAAAGUGGUUUGGAGAUGCUGAGAAGUUGACAAAGGCCCUGUUCUCCUUUGCUAGCCGACUAGCUCCUGUCAUCAUAUUUGUUGACGAGGUUGACAGCUUACUUGGCGCCAGAGGGGGCGCACUUGAACAUGAAGCAACAAGGAAGAUGCGGAAUGAAUUUAUGGCAGCGUGGGAUGGUCUAAGGUCCAAGGAGAACCAACGGAUCCUUAUUCUGGGUGCGACAAAUCGCCCAUUUGAUUUAGAUGAUGCUGUUAUACGGCGUUUACCUAGACGGAUAUACGUUGGCCUUCCAGAUGCUCAGAACCGAAGGAAAAUUCUCAAGAUUUUACUUGCUAAAGAAAACCUAGAAGCUGAUUUUAAAUUCGAUGAACUUGCUAAUGCGACGGAAGGUUAUUCAGGAAGUGACCUGAAGAACUUAUGCAUAGCUUCAGCUUACAGACCAGUUCAAGAACUUAUAGAAGAAGAAAAGAAGGGACGUGGGAGUGGCAGCAGCUCUCACUUAAGACCCCUUGUAUUGGAUGAUUUUAUACAAGCAAAAGCGAAGGUAAGUCCUUCUGUUUCUUAUAACGCGACAAGUAUGAAUGAAUUAAGAAAAUGGAAUGAACAAUACGGGGAAGAUGGCAGCAGGACAAAAUCACCAUUUGGGUUUGGCAACUGACCUAUUCUAGUAGUGACUUUACGUCACUGUUGUUUGUUUGUAACAUCAAUAGGCUGCCUAUUUAGUUACGGGAAGUCAGUUCCCAUUUUUCGCCCAGAGCCUAUUUAUAUAAACCAAUGAUCCUGUACAAAUAGCAAAAUUUCAAAUCAAAUGCCAAUUUUCCGAGUUCACACUAGCUGGUAUUAGCCGAUUUUCCAAAAAUGUAAUGCUGAGCUACAAAUUGCUCCAGCUCAGCAUAGGCCUGAUCCAGGUGUAAGUAGCUCCAGAGAAUUUCAUCUGUUGUACACUACCAAUUCCAAGGACUUGAAUGAAAUGAAAUAUUUUUUCCUUA